AUGUCAUGGAGACCUGAGUCCAAUACAUCAUGGAGAACCAAAUCGAUUCCGUCUGGAUACGGGAGGCCGAGACGGAUGUGCCUCGCGUGCGAGGUCCGGCAAGCAGCAACGCCACCACGGCGGAGGAGGGAGCAGGGCCAUGGACGGCGACCUCUGGCCGCUGGGAGGCCGAGACGGAUGGGCGCGGCGGGGGAGGGCGCGUGUCCGUGGCCGACGAGCACCGACCGCCGGCUGACAGGUGACCGAAGUAGACGGGCGCACGUACCUGUGGCGGCGGCCUGUUGGGUUCCGUCGCCGGGAUCUGGACGGAGCAUGCCGGAGUACUCGAGCAGCGCGUCACCUGCCAUCGGCGUCACGUUCGCUAGGUUCCCGCGGCACGGAGUCUCCUACGCGCAGCAGGAAGAUCAGGAACCACCGCCGGACUUCCGCUUACAGCAAACUCAAUCACCAAACGGAACGGGGUGGCCUGCGACAGUGCGAUCCAGCACGACCUCCACCAAGUACCGUCCUCGACCCGGCUACAAGAAGGCGACAAAGCAUCGCCUCUCGCUGGGCACCGAUGUGGAGGCCUCAAAGCAUAACCCUAAGCAUAGGGUUUCGUUUUGCUCUUCAGGCAUUGAAGAAUGCAAAGAGAAACUUUACUGUCAGUGCAAGGGUUGCAGCUGCAAGAAUACAUGGGAAAGCUAUGAGUGCAGCUGUGGUGAUGACAAUAUGCUAUACAUGAGGGAGCAUGACACUUGCAUCAGCACCUUUUUAGUGAUGAGAAGUACAUAA